AUGUACCUGCGCGAUUCCGAGGACCUCAGCGAGCGCAGCUGGCAGAUCCUAUGCUGCAUGGGCCAGGCCAUCAAGCGCGCAGGCGCGGAUUGGCUGUUCGUUGGAAUGGUCAGGCCGUCUGAGCGGGUCAUCGACUACUUCGUCAUGCCCCCGUUUCUCGCAACUGGCGCUCGGGUCGAGGUGCUCGACCACAUGGCCAUUGAACUCACCGGCGUGCUCGAGUGUUACGAGCCCAGCACGGGCCAUUGCUAUGACUGCGUGAAACCCAGACAUUCUUUGCAGUUGGGCCUCGAAGGGCUCGACGCCCACAGCGAGUUGUUGCAUUUGAUCGAGCUGGGGUUAGAGUGGCCCAGGGCCGCGGACGAGUGCGUCUGGGCGCAGUCCCCGGCCAAGUUUUGUAUCCACGGGCUGCAGAAGAUCAUUGACAUGGCCUGUGAGGCAGACAGGGUUGCACCUCUCGCGGCGCUCGACACCGAGCGCCCCGCGGCCACCCAGAUGAAGGCGGCCCGCGCCAUGCGCGUGCAGGCCAGACGGUGUUCUCCCAUAGCAGACGCCAUGGCCUCGAUGGGCUUCGACAUGAGCUCCGCCGUGGAUGGCCUCAUUGCCAGCGCGGCGCAGAGCGGCAUGGACAAGGCGAUGCUUGUGCAGAGAGUGAAGGACUGGCAGCGCAAGGGCGCGGACCAGAAGGAGCAGUGGUGGAGUUACUGCAAGGCGUCGGGCAACACGAACUUCGAUCCAGGGCGCCACGAGGCCCCGUUCCUGCAGGGCUUCUUCGACUACGUGGAGGGGCGCGCCCCGCUGCCCACCAAGGGAAGCUCCAAGGGCGGCGGAGGAGCCAAGAUGUUCAUGGGCGGCCUUCCGAAGAGCACCACGGAGGAGAAGGUCUGGGAGGUCUUCGGGUACUACGGAACCAUCAAGGAAGUCAUGCUCAAGUACAGCGACGAGGGUCAGUUCCGCGGCUUCGGCUUUGUCAUGUUCGAGGAUCCCGCGUCCGUGAAGGCCGCCAUCGCGGGCGCCAACGACAAUUAUAUCGACGGGAAGUGGAUCGAUUGCAAGAAUUCCGACGAGAUCUCUAAGGGGGGCGCCGGGGGGAAAGGCGGAGGCAAGGGAGGGGGCAAAGGUAAGGACGGCAAGGGCAAGGGCAAGGGCGGCAAGGGCGGCGGCAAGGGCAAGGACAUGAGCAACAUGGACCCCUGGACCAUGAUGAGCAUGAUGAUGGAGAUGAUGAAGGGCAAGAAGGGCGGCAAGAGCGGCGGGGGCAAGGGCGAUGGCCCCAAGCCGGGGGAUUGGACCUGCCCGAACUGCUCGGACAUUGUCUUUGCCAAGAACAGCGAGUGCAGAAUGUGCGGCACCGCCAAGCCCGCGAAUGCGGGAGGCGGCGGCGGGGCGUCGUGGGGAGGCGGCGGCGGCGGCGGCAGUGGCGCCUCCAACGCCGAGUUUAAGCCGGGCGACUGGGAGUGUCCGCAGUGCGGCAAUCAUUGUUUCUCCUCGAAGAACAGCUGCAAGAAGUGCGGUUACGCGCGCGACCCCGCCGCGGCCGCGGAGGCCAACAAGUCCAAGAUGAGACCUGGCGACUGGACUUGCUCGGUCUGCGGGGACCUCGUCUUCGCGUCCAAGUCGGCCUGCAGUAUGUGCGGCAUGGGCAAGCCCAUAGAAGAGCCGGUGGCGCCGGCAUUCCCUGCCCUGCCUGGCUUCGGCGCGAUGCCGGCGGCGAUGGGGAACGCCUACCCUGCCGCGGCGAUGAUGGCGGCGAUGGGCCAUACAGGGCCGUACUGA